AGCGGCUCAGCUCACAUCAUUCAACCCAUCGUCAGUGAGCAAACCUGGUCAGGCAAGAAUGGCGGUGCGAGUCGUGAUGCUGCUGCUGGCGGCGGCCCUCGGAGGCCUAACCUCCGCCUCCGUCUGCCCCAUCGAGGAGGACGUGGGCAGCGUCGAGGCCGUCGUCGUGGCCCUCGUCGACCUGCACACGGGCCGCGACUGCGACAGACUGAGCCUCCCGGCGCUGCAGAAGAUCGCCGCCGCAAAGCAGUCGGCUCUCAGGCACUCGCAAGACGUGCCCAUCUCCUUAGGCGUCCAUGUGAUGGACACGUGCGGUGACAAGAAGAAGGCGGUGAAACUGGCAUUCAAGUCCAUGGUCUACUCUGACAAAUCAAUUUGCAAGAACCCGCCAAUGCUGCUCGGAUAUCUGGGUCCAGACGAGGUGGAAAUCUUCGAUGCAGUGAACUCGGUGACUGGCGUCUACAAGUACAUCCACGUCAAUCCAGUAGCCAUGCUGGAUAUCAACAACCCUUACUUCGUGUCCAGGUUGGAGCAGCCACAGAUUGUAAAGGCGCUGACAUCAAGCCUGCGUCACCUGCAUUGGUCACACUUCACGCUGCUGCACUCGGACGACGUCGAGUCGAGCCUGCUGGCGUCUUCGCUGAGCUCGACGCCGGGCCUUUGCGUGCCGAGCGUGCGCCUGCUGCAAACGCCGCUGACGGCGUCGCUGUCGACGGCGCUGGAUCGAGUGCCGACCCGCGGCGUGCUGGUGGUCGGCACGCCGGACCACUUGCUCCAGGUGCUGCAGGCGAACGCGCGUCUCGACGUGCCGCACGUGCUGCUGCUGGUGACGCUCGACGCCGGUCUGCUGCCGCCACUUGCCCUCAUGGACAGCCUGCCGGACACGGCCGCCGUGCUCCAGCUCGCGCCUGACCGACCCAUCGACAAGCUGCAGUACCACCUUGAGAAAUCCGAUUUGUGGGACGAAUACCUGCACCAACAGCGCUGCAACUUCUCCCUGUGCUCGAACACAGCGCCGGAGGUGCCCGAGCUGGCCGCCACCGUGCAGGACGUGGCCGCUGUGGCCACCGCGGAUGCGGUGGCCAGCUUCGCGCGGGCGCUGCGCGUCGCCCACCGAGUCAAGUGCCUGGGCGCGCACGGCACCUGCGCCGAGCUGGAGGCCACCCUGCCGGACGAGUGGCGCAGCAGGGUCGGCGCCCAGCUUGGAGCCCAGACGCAGAUGCUCGCCCACUUCGAAGUCUUCCUCAAGAACUCGUUCUCCAGCGGAUUGCACCGCGUGACCAACUUCUCUAGCCUCAACUUCCCUGAUUCCAGGGGUGAUGAGUGUCACCAUGAGGCAGGGGUGAUUGACGUACCAAAAAAGGUCACGAGGAGAGUCACCGCCACCACAACACCAGUACCUCACAUUCUCAUCGAAGACAUGGACUACCAUUCGCCAGAACAGGAGGGAACCCACAACACUAACAACAUUAAUGAGGAGCGGCCGAAAAAAGUUCUUAUCUCUCCCGAGGAGGAUGAUAGUUACGAUUAUGUUGAACAAUACGAGAUCAAGCAUCCCAGCAGAGGCAAGGGCUGGACCUUCCUCACUAUGCACGAGCUGAGCAACACCGAGUUCUACACCAUCAUGGCCGGAUUCGCGUGCAUCGUCGGCAUCAUCCUGUGUUCGCUCAUCUACUGCGUCGCCUCAAUUUUCAGAGUUAAGGAUGGCAACAACGAGAACCGCAGGAACAACCGUCGGAACAACAACAACCGCGACCGCGGCAAUAGGAACCAACGUUCCGGCUCCAUCCAGUCUGGACAGUCCAGUGUGUGACAGACAUAAUUAAUGACUUAUACACUACAUAUAUAUUUAUUUAAUAAAUUAACUCAUCAAUGUUAAAA